AUGUCGGCCAUCGCUCUAGUCGCCGAGCACCUCGUGCGACGCUCCGUUAGCGACACUCCUAACGAACCCUCCGACCCUGAGCCCAAGCAGCCUUUCCCAUUCAUGGCAGUCAUCCUCUUCUAUAUCACGAUUGCCCUCCUUUCCGUCGUUUCCGGAUGCGUCGGCUAUGUCUACGGCAAAGUCGUGACUACACUGGCCGCUGUGGAAGAUCCUAACCCCGACGUUUAUGUGCGUAUCGACGAUGACCACGCUCCGCUCAACCCUGAGAAUACAGGAGACGAAACUGCCGAUGUGCCUCCCCAAAAGCCAGUCACCAGUUCCCUGAAGGGCACAAUCUCCCACCUUACUACUCGUGCUGGACGCUUGGCUCCAUUCCGCGGCCUUGUCCUCUAUAUCCUGACCGGUAUCGCCAUUAACAUUAUCACUUCACCUAUAUCAGCAAGCUUCCGCAUAUUUGGAAGCGCCGUUGCACGAUUCGUCGCUGAGAUUCUUCUGGCCAACUUGAGAGUGGCUUGGAUCCAUAUCGUCAUUUCGGAGCCAUCCACCAAGUCGCUCUGGUCUCGUAUUCCCUCAUGGCGCAAGACUUUCAUGAAGAUUGCCCCUGCUGCUGCUCUUCGCUCUCUCGCUGCUCAGAUUGUCACAUUCGUUCCCCUCACUAUCGCAUACGGCACCAAGGUCCUCGAGUAUGGCUCUGAGCCUGCCGCACGCUCCCCUUAUGCUGCUCUUUCCGGUGGCUUUGGUCUCCUCGCACUCUUCCUCGUCCUCUACGUCCUGAUUCAAAUMCCCGCCGAGGUCACUUUCAUCCGUGUCGCUGCCUCUAUGCUCCCUGAAGAUGACGAGACCAUCGUGCCAUUCGACCGCUCCUUCGGUGGCAAGGUUACUCCGGAAAUUGUCGGUGGUCAGGGCAAGAUUGGCAUUGUCGAUGCUUGGAAGUCAUUCGGCUGGGGCUCUCGCAUGCGGUUCUUGACCGUCGUUGGAAAGGUUUUCCUUCUCCAAGCCGCUCUUGGUCUACUGUUUGGUGUGGUUCUCUUCGCUGAGAUACUGAUCUUCUUCGGCAACAAGGGUUUCGUCGAUGUUAGCGCGUAA